AUUGAAAAAAAUGCUACCUCCAGGUCGUGGCUACUGCCCUGUUCCCCUUUACUGGCAGAGAUGGAUCCUGAGCUGGUGCGCAGCCUUCUGGGGUGAACAUGUAUUAACGUGACAGUGUUAGGUGGAUCAACGGCCAUCCCACUGCCCCCUCUGUGGGGGUUGCUGAUUGUGGUGAAGCAUGGAGGAAAGUAAGAAUGAGACGACGAAUCGAGCUCACAUCCUCUUUGACCGGUUUGUCCAGGCCACCACCUGCAAGGGAACUCUGAAGGCCUUUCAAGAGCUCUGUGACUACCUGGAACUGAAGCCCAAGGACUACCGCUCCUUCUAUCAUAAGCUCAAGUCCAAGCUUAACUACUGGAAAGCCAAAGCCCUCUGGGCAAAAUUGGACAAACGGGGCAGCCAUAAAGACUAUAAAAAGGGAAAGGCAUGCACUAACACUAAGUGUCUCAUCAUUGGAGCUGGCCCCUGUGGUCUCCGCACAGCCAUUGACUUAUCCUUACUGGGUGCCAAGGUAGUCGUAAUUGAGAAACGAGAUGCAUUCUCCCGCAACAAUGUCUUGCAUCUCUGGCCAUUCACCAUACAUGAUCUGCGAGGUCUGGGUGCCAAGAAGUUCUAUGGCAAGUUCUGUGCUGGAGCCAUCGACCAUAUUAGUAUCCGUCAGCUCCAACUCAUACUUUUGAAAGUAGCUUUGAUCCUAGGCAUUGAAAUCCAUGUCAAUGUAGAAUUCCAAGGACUUGUACAGCCUCCUGAGGACCAAGAAAAUGAACGGAUAGGUUGGCGGGCACUGGUGCACCCCAAAACCCAUCCUGUAUCAGAGUAUGAGUUUGAAGUGAUCAUCGGAGGGGAUGGCCGUAGAAACACCUUGGAAGGAUUUCGUCGGAAAGAAUUUCGUGGCAAAUUGGCCAUUGCCAUUACGGCAAAUUUUAUUAACCGGAAUACGACAGCAGAAGCCAAAGUGGAAGAGAUCAGUGGUGUGGCUUUUAUAUUCAACCAAAAAUUUUUCCAGGAACUGAGGGAAGCCACAGGUAUUGAUUUGGAGAACAUCGUCUAUUACAAAGAUGAUACGCACUAUUUUGUUAUGACAGCCAAAAAGCAGAGUUUACUGGACAAAGGGGUGAUUCUGCACGACUAUACUGACACAGAGCUCUUGCUUUCCCGGGAGAAUGUGGACCAAGAGGCUCUGCUGAACUAUGCCAGGGAGGCGGCAGACUUCUCCACUCAGCAGCAGCUGCCAUCUCUGGAUUUUGCCAUCAAUCACUAUGGGCAGCCAGACGUGGCCAUGUUUGAUUUCACUUGUAUGUACGCCUCCGAGAAUGCUGCCUUGGUGCGGGAACAGAACGGACAUCAGUUAUUGGUGGCUCUGGUUGGGGACAGCCUCCUUGAGCCUUUCUGGCCAAUGGGAACAGGAAUAGCCCGGGGCUUUCUAGCUGCAAUGGACUCUGCCUGGAUGGUACGAAGUUGGUCUCUAGGAACAAGUCCCUUGGAAGUGCUGGCAGAGAGGGAAAGCAUUUAUAGGUUGCUGCCUCAGACCACCCCUGAGAAUGUUAGUAAAAACUUCAGCCAAUACAGUAUUGACCCUGUCACCAGGUAUCCCAAUAUUAAUGUCAACUUCCUCCGGCCAAGCCAGGUGCGUCAUUUAUAUGCUACUGGAGAAACGAAAGACAUUCAUCUGGAAAUGGAGAACCUGGUGAAUUCCCGAACUACUCCAAAGCUGACUCGCAAUGAGUCUGUAGCUCGUUCGAGCAAACUGCUGGGUUGGUGCCAAAGGCAGACAGAUGGCUACUCCGGGGUAAAUGUGACAGAUCUCACCAUGUCUUGGAAAAGUGGCCUGGCCUUGUGUGCAAUUAUCCAUAGAUAUCGCCCAGAUCUGAUAGACUUUGAUUCUCUGGAUGAGCAGAAUGUGGAGAAGAAUAACCAACUGGCCUUUGAUAUUGCCGAGAAGGAACUAGGCAUUUCUCCCAUCAUGACUGGCAAAGAAAUGGCCUCUGUGGGGGAGCCUGACAAGCUGUCCAUGGUGAUGUACUUAACCCAGUUCUAUGAGAUGUUCAAGGACUCACUCCCCUCCAGUGACACCUUAGACCUGAAUGCUGAAGAGAAGGCAGUCCUGAUAGCCAGCACCAAAUCCCCCAUCUCCUUCCUAAGCAAACUUGGACAGACCAUCUCUCGGAAGCGUUCUCCCAAGGAUAAAAAGGAAAAGGAUUUGGAUGGUGCUGGAAAGAGGAGGAAGACCAGUCAAUCAGAGGAGGAGGAGGCUCCUCGGAGCUACAGAGCAGAAAGACCCACACUGGUGAGCACUCUGACAGACAGGAGGAUGGAUGUUGCUGUUGGGAACCAGAACAAAGUCAAGUACAUGGCAACCCAGCUGCUAGCCAAAUUUGAAGAGAAUGCACCCCCACAGUCCACUGGCAUAAGGAGACAGCCAACACAAGAGCGUGGGGUCAGCCAACCAUCCUGCUGCCAGCCUGAGCAGGGUCGCCCUGCUCACACCCCCCAAUGGAAACAGAGCUCCAUAAAGAAGGAGUUCCCACAGAACUUGGGGGGCAGCGACACAUGCUAUUUUUGCCAGAAGCGAGUCUAUGUGAUGGAGAGGCUGAGUGCUGAGGGGAAGUUCUUCCACCGGAGCUGCUUCAAGUGCGAGUACUGCGCCACCACCCUGCGCCUCUCGGCUUACGCCUACGACAUCGAGGAUGGUAAAUUCUAUUGUAAACCACACUACUGUUAUCGACUCUCCGGCUACGCACAACGGAAGAGACCGGCUGUGGCGCCUCUGUCUGGAAAGGAGGCCAGAGGACCGCUGCAGGAUGGCCCCACUGCAGAUGCAAAUGGACGGGCCAGCACUGUCGCCACCGCAGCUGAGAGAUCCCCAGGUUCAAGUGUGAAUGGCCUGGAGGAGCCCAGCAUUGCCAAGAGGCUGAGGGGCACACCUGAAAGAAUUGAGCUGGAGAACUACCGCCUGUCAGUGAAGCAGGCAGAGGAGCUGGAGGAGGUACCCGAGGAGACGCAGGCUGAGCACAACCUCAGCAGCGUGCUGGACAAAGGCACAGAGGAGGACGCAGCCAGCAGCAGUUCGGAGUCUGAGAUGGAGGAAGAGGAGGAGGAGGAAGAGGAGGAGGAGGAGGAGCCUCAGCUGCCCACCUCUGACCUGGGCGGGGUCCCUUGGAAGGAGGCUGUGAGGAUCCACGCUCUUCUGAAAGGAAAGAGUGAAGAGGAACUAGAGGCCUCGAAUAACUAUGAGCCCAGGAAUGAGGAGGAAGAGGAGGAGGAGGAAGAGGAGGAAUAUGAAGAAGAGGAGGAGGAAUAUGAGGAGGAGGAGGAAGAGUCUAGUGAAGUGCCCGACCUUCCCUCCGUCCGCCGCGCGGCUGUGCAGGCCUGGCUGGAGACAGUCUCCGGAGUCCCACUUGAUGAGAAUGACCUGGAGGAAGACGUGGAUUCGGAGCCUGCAGAGAUAGAAGGGGAGGCAGCGGAGAAUGGGGACACAGGGGACACUGGUGCUGAGCUGGAUGAUGAUCAGCACUGGUCUGAUGACAUCCCGUCGGAUGCCGAAACUGAGCUUCGCUUACAGCACCAGGAAGAGGUAGAGGCAGAGCUGGAGCUGAGGGUAUCAGAAAAUGAGGAGGAAAAGCCACCCCCCAAACCAAAGCGACAAGAGAGAGGUUCUUCCCAAGUCUCCAGCCCCGUCCAGUCCCCUCAGGAACAAGCCGUUGGGUUCUCCCCAGUCCACAGCCCUGUGGCGGAGGGUGCCCGAAGCCCAUUUGCCUCUGUUGCCCACAAGGUGAAAUCCCCAGAGGAGCGCCUUUUCCCUGAGCCUCUGCUCCCCAAAGAGAAGCCCAGAACUGAAGUCCCCACGGAGCAGACAGUCGUGCCCUCUCCCAUCUGCUCCCAACCAGUGGCGCUGCCGGAAGCCAGGACACCUGCCUCCGCAGUUGGUUCUCAGCAGGUGUCCCCAUCAGCCACCUCCACCACCCCCUCCACCCAGCUCCCCAUUUGCUCCCAGCCUCAGCCUUCCUCCGAGGCCACCAUUCCAUCCCCCACAGAGUCCCCCAUACGCUUCCAACCUGUUCCUGCCAAAACAUCCACCCCUCUGGCCUCCCUUUCCAUGAAGAGCCAAGCCGACACCAAGGACAAACUGGGCAGCCCUCUUACUGUAGACGAGGCCCUGAAGCGGAAUGACCUGGUGGAAGAGUUCUGGAUGAAGAGUGCCGAAAUCCGGCGCAGCCUCGGACUCAGUCCUGUGGAUCGGAGCAAGGGGUUUGAACCCACCUUCACCUCGCCUGCCCUUAAGCCAGUAUCCCUAAAAUCCUAUUCAGUUGAGAAAUCGCCUCAGGAUGAGGGACUCCAUCUUCUGAAACCACCACCUAUUCCUAAACAGCUGGGCCUGCCAAAGCCAGAUGGUGACCAGCCCUCACAGCUGACUCCUAAGUCCCCAUCUGACAGAGAGGUGAAAAGCUCCCAUGAGGAGCGGAAAGACCUGUCCAGCAGCUCUGGCCUGGGCCUCCAAGGAAGCUCCUCCAACAUGAAGACCUUGGGCAGCCAGAGCUUCAACACUUCAGACUCCACCAUGCUCACUCCACCCUCAAGCCCGCCCCCACCCCCUCCCCAAGAUGAGGAACCCGCCACCCUUCGAAGGAAGCCAUAUCAGACUUACGAGCCCAGGGAAGCUGAGCCCAAGGCCUCAGUCAUCCCCCCUCCUCCACCUCCCCCAUUUAUGCGGCCCCCCCGAGAGCAUGCCCAGCCCCCGAGAGAGGAGGUACGGAAGUCAUUUGUGGAGAGUGUGGACGAGAUCCCCUUUGCUGAUGAUGUGGAGGACACCUAUGAUGACAAGACAGAAGACUCGAGUCUGCAGGAAAAGUUCUUCACUCCACCCUCCUGCUGGUCCCGCUCCGAGAAGCUCUUCCACUCACCCGUGGCCAAGGAGAAUGGUAGGUUGCCUACUCUGGAGGGUGGGGUUCAGCCGCAGAAGAGGGGGCUGCCGUUAGUCUCCCCCGAAGCCAAGGAGCUGGCUGAAGAGCGCAUGCGAGCCAGGGAGAAGUCUGUGAAGAGCCAGGUGUUGAGAGAUGCCAUGGCCAAGCAGCUGAAUAAGAUGAAGGAGAUGGAGAUAGCGGCCGCAGCCUCCAGGCUCCCUGCAGGCCCCUCCCGCAAAGCAUCCUCCAUGCCCUCCAAGGGCAAAGACCUCGGCCCUGAAUCCCCAAAACGCCCAGUCCUCAAGGGCUCUGAGGAGUCCACCCUGAAGCAUGAAGCCACCAAUGAGGAGGUCCUGUCCCCUCCAUCCGACUCAGGAGGCCCGGACGGCUCGGUGACCUCAUCCGAGGGCUCCAGUGGGAAGAGCAAGAAGAGGUCGUCACUCUUCUCUCCCCGUAAAAACAAGAAAGAGAAGAAGUCCAAAAGUGAGGGCCGGCCCCCAGAGAAACCCAGCCCAAGCCUACUGGAGGAAGCCACCGCCAAACCCAAGUCCUUGUGGAAGUCUGUCUUCUCUGGGUACAAGAAGGACAAGAAGAAGAAGGGCGAUGACAAGUCCAGCUGCAGCACUCCUUCCAGCAGUACCACCGUGGACUCAGGGAAGCACAAGAUGUCUCCUAUGGUGAGAGCAGAGCUGCACCUCCGGCACCAGCUGAGCUUCUCGGAGGACUCUGACCUCUCCAGUGACGAUAUCCUUGAGAAGUCCUCCCAGAAGUCCAAACGAGAGUCGAUUUAUGUACCACACGCCUUGACAUUCAGGAGAUCAUGUGCAUCAAAGCCAAGAACCUACACAGAGGAGGAGCUGAAUGCCAAACUGACCCGGCGUGUGCAGAAGGCUGCUCGGAGACAGGCCAAGCAGGAGGAGCUUAAGCGGCUACACCGAGCCCAGAUUAUCCAACGGCAGCUGGAGCAGGUAGAGGAGAAGCAGAGGCAGCUGGAGGAAAGAGGGGUUGCUGUGGAAAAGGCACUGCGUGGCGAAGCAGGCAUGGGCAAGAAGGACGACCCCAAGCUGAUGCAGGAGUGGUUCAAGCUAGUGCAAGAGAAAAACGCCAUGGUGCGCUACGAGUCGGAGCUGAUGAUCUUUGCCCGGGAGCUAGAACUGGAAGACCGGCAAAGCCGAUUGCAGCAAGAACUGCGGGAGCGGAUGGCGGUGGAAGAUCACCUGAAGACGGAGGAGGAGCUGUCAGAGGAGAAGAAGAUCCUGAAUGAGAUGCUGGAGGUGGUGGAGCAGAGAGACUCCCUGGUGGCCCUGCUGGAGGAGCAGCGGCUCCGAGAAAAAGAGGAGGACAAGGACCUGGAGGCAGUCAUGCUGUCCAAGGGCUUCAGCCUGAACUGGUCUUGAGUGCCUGCCCACCUCUGGCUGGUCAGUCUCUCGGCAUCCUCCUGACUCGAGCUGGGUCUCCCAAACCAUCGGGAUUCCAGGAUGGAGAAGGCCCAGCACUUUUGGGAGUUUGCACUCAAAUGUCCUCGUGCCUCUUGAGAAGCACAGCCAAGUCUCACGUGCUGCGGGGAAACCCUAGGCGAAGACACUAGCCUGCAACGACUCAGCCUCCUUGGGAGAGGUCCACUGGACUUCCAACAGAAGAGAGCAGGGCGGGGAGCGUGAGACGUACGACGUGCAGAUAGCCCACACACUCCCUGAGGAAGCACCCUGGCUGGUGCCUCUUUUCUCCGUGGGCAUGUUUGAGAAGAGCAGGAGCUGCCCCCGCUGUCAGAACCACAGCCACCACUGAGCAAGCCUCCACAGAGGAAGGGGCAGCUGUCUUUUUCAUUCUCCGUGAAGCGCCACCAAAGAAAUGAAAACACCCCCCACCAGAGUAAGGCUGUGUAUGGAGACCGGGAGAGGAGCCAUGGCCGCCCACGGUGAUGCAGACCCCAGCAUCGCCGGGGAAACAGAGGGCCAGAGGCUUCCAAGUUCAUUAUGCAAGUGAGGGGGGAACGAGGGGUCUGCUCCCUGCCCUGUACCACACACUGGACCCUAAGUGGCCAAAUGCCCCAGGCAUCUCUCUGGCUGUUGCCUGAGGCCUGUGGAUUGCUGCAUUUUUGCUUUUAAUUCACACCAUUUUGACACUGGAAAAUACUGACUUUGGGGGGCCAGGGUAAGGCCCUGCAUUUCAAGCCCCGGCUCAACCAACAGGUGACGUCACUGUUCAGUGCUUCACGUGGGGCAGGGGGUUCUCUUUUCUUGGCGUUUUUUCUGUGUUUGCACCUUGAAAUGAAGCUGAUGACCUGGCGAGACCCUCAGCCGCUUUGGACCCUUUUUGUUAAUUAACUUAUUUUUUAAUACUUGAAGCAAUUUCAUUUUUAUAUCUUUACUAGAGACACUGAUCACCUGGCACCCGGAUGUAGGAGUGAGGGGCAUGUCCCUGUUACAUCUGCACAGCCCGACCCGAGACUGAGCGUGCGAUCCAUGCCUCUAGUAGGCUUCUUCAUAGUGUUACUGACCCAGCGGGCAUCAGGGAACAGUGCCAGGUCCUUGUUCACGGCUUUUCUGUUCCCUCCUGUACAUCAUGUCCAGCCCCCUCCUCCUCAUUCACCCAGCACCCUGUCCUCCAGGGGGCACCAGACAUGUAGACCUGGAGCAUUCGCUUGUCAAGAACACAUUUCAGCAUCAUUUGAGGCCAAGCCAAAAGGCAAAGAUGCGGUUCUUGUCUCCCCAUGCUGGGAUCCCAGCCCUGCCGAGCCCCUUUUUCCUCAGUUUUGGUGCCAGAGUUUCACCUCCCAUGAAACAUUUAUUAAAGAAAAUUUGAGGGAAGCCCACUUCUGGAUUGAUGGAGACAGCUGUGGUGGGAUCUCGUAAUCAGCCUGGCUGAUGAGUUCCUUGUCUUAGCUUAAGGUGAAACCAGGUAGAAAUGUACCUGUUGCAGCAGGUGUGGGAUUUAAGUUGGUCUCACACAGACAGACAAGUAAAUCCAGCCCUCUCUUGCCAAGGGGGUCAGCAACCUCCCCAGUAGCAGGCUCUUCAUGGGGAGGCAAGCAUCCAGCUUCUAGGGAUGACAAGCACCAUGUAGCUAGUUCCUUAAGCCAAACUCUUCACUUCUGGUGGUUCGGCCAGAGCCUGGUUGUGUACCACUCGUAGAGCCACUGACUAAGGACAUCAAGGAGUCUGCUGUUUGGCCAGCCAUAGAGUCAGCACAUAGUAAGCCCAGGGAGGUUUCCCCUCAGGGCCAGACCAGUCCAGAAUGGGGGCUCUGGCUGACUCCUGGUGGGGAGGGGGCCAGUAUGGAGGGAACAGGAAACUGUGAGGGCUCCCAAGGACAGGACAGGUCAAGGGUCCAUGCUGAUCUUGGAAUUUCCGUGGGGAACCAUACUGUGCCUCAACCUGAACACUUACUACAAACGAGCAAAGAACCUGUCUGUUCUUCACUUUGUCCAAAAGCUGCCAUCUCUCUUCCUGUGAAAACCCAGGAGACAUACUGCUAGCAACCAUCACAGGCUCUGGCUUCUUUACUUCCUUUUUUCUGAUGAGGCAAAGUCUCCAUUUUUAUUCACUUUUCUUAAAAAAAAAAAAAAAGUGGGGGCAGGGGUAGAGGGAGGCAUUCUAGAUUCUAUCUUCAAAUCCCAGUCAUCCAAGAAAAUCAGACUUGGGACAGGACCUUCUUUGCCUGCAUGGCCUUUUCCCUCACCUUUCCACCACUUGAAUCCCACUCAGACUAGUGAGCCCCAGAAGAGCUGUCUCCAUCCCUUGUAGGUCCUCCUAACCCCUAAACAAGGAAGCAGUUUAUGAAGUUACUCAUGAGGGCUGUGGCAAUGGUGAUACACUUUAAAUGGCCUGAUGUAGCAGGAACACCAGGCGUUAGCAUCUGCCCCUUGCUGCCCCCCAGUACAUGUCAACCUUAUGACUACUGCACUCUUCAAAGCACACGCUGCUGCCUGCAGUUAUCAGAAAGGGCCUGGAGACUUUGCACAGAGGCUGCAAAACUCCUCAAGCUUCCAGAAUGUUCCCUAGCUCUUCACUCUCAACAAUGUUAGGAUUUCAGGUUCUAGUAGAGCACUUGUUCUUAAACCAUGCCCCUUUUGUAACUAGUUUGCAGUUGAUUUUAGUACUAGAUGACAUGCUAUGUGAAGUAUUUUUCAACUGAGAAAGUAUGCAGCUUCCCCAGCUAAGGUUUCUUCCCAAGAGCUAAGUCCUCUAGAAGGCCGGGGGAGCAGGAUAUGUCUAUAAAAUGCCAGCAUUGUUUUGAGUGAGCCCAAACACAAGGCUAAGUAAGUCUUGCAGGGAACCAGAGUUAGCAGCCUGGAGGGAAGGCAGCCCUGGCUCCUGAGUUUGAGGGACCACCAAUAGCGUGGUAGCCAGCAGCUCUGUUUUCCCGAAGUUUUCUCUGUGGAGAUUCCCCAGCAGGGAUUCUAACUGUUGAGAUGAUGUCUUGGGGUCUUCGUUGCCAGGAGCAAUCCUCAAGCUGAUUUGGGCCAGCAAUGACACAGACUGUUCUUUAAUCUAUCCUAAGACAAGAAACUUUAGUGGGGCAAGAAGAGGGGAGAGUAAAAAAGAUGGGAAUGUCUGACCCAUAAAGGGGAGUGGCCCAUUUUAUAAGCAAUAAAAGUUUUUAAAAGAAAUACAUAGUGUAUUUCUUAAGUCGUUUUAUUGGACAAGGCAGUAAGCCAGGGUGCAUCCCACACCCCACCCCCUGCCUGCUGCAGGAGGCAGAGUCCAGUCAAGUCAUUUUAUAUCUGGCAUGUGCAUUGGUGUGUACAAGGUUGUUAAAAGAACACUUUUUUUUUUUAGUCCCGCGUAUUACCCUGGCUCAGCCAUUAACACACACAACCUCUCCUUCCUUUUUAUACCCAACGUGACCUUUCUGAGCCAGAAGAGGACAUGUUGUCCUAAAGCAGCUGGACCUCAGCUCUGAGCCCUGGGCAACCCUUUGGACCCCAGGUGAAGCCUGCUGUGGAGGUGGCUCUGGCACCAGGUCACGUGGGAACUCGAAGCAACCCAGUUUGAUAAGAAACUGCUCUUUAAAACCAAGCCCCGGUAGCCUCUUAAAGAGAAGCAUAUUCUUUGAAAUAGAGAUUCUCCAAAUCAGAGUGACCCUUUGGUACUGUCCACUCUCCUAGCCUGGCCCCCAGCUGACCAGUGUGGUUACGUGGCUGACUAGUGAGCCCACUGGUAUAGGGUCUACAGCUACCAGGACAAAACCAUCCAGAUGUUUUCAUGUCUGCCAUGUUCAUUCAGUACAUAGGUCUUGGAACUUCCCAGAAAGAAAUAGUCCAGGCCAACUCUUCUCCCUUUGCUACCGGAACCCUCCUGGGCUGCUUUUCCAAAUAGAGGUACAGUCCAGCUCGCUUGUCCCCUCCUUUAGUGUGUUAACAUAUCAGAAAUAUCACAGGCUUCAUGAUCCCCCACAGAACUAACCCCAAAGGCAUACAGUUUCCCUCUGGAGAAUUCAAAAGUGGCAGCAGAGGAGGGCAAAGAACAGCAAUGAACGGGUAGACCUGAGCCUGGCCCAGUUGAGAGGUCAUCUGGAGGUCAUUGCCAUGGAAAGCUGCCCACCAGGAAGAUGUUGCCAGCUACCCCGGAAGAAAGAAAGGAGCCUGGCCAGGACAAAUGAGGACAUCUUAGGUAGAAAGAAGAAGAAAAAACAUGUAACCAGCUCAAGUGUGAAGAUGCUGUGGCCCUUGAUUCCUGCAAGGAAAGAUAGAUCAUGGCCCUUGCCUCUUGGGGGAGAGAGUGGUUUUGAUGGCCACCCACUCUGAUUGCAGUCACCUUUUGUUCUUUAGAGGGGAAUGGGCAGGAUUUGGCUACUUUUCACAGCAACCCUGGGAGACAGGAAGUAGGGAUUGUUUUUCUAGGCAGACAACCAGAAAGGAAGGCUGCUGGAGUCCAUGAGAGCCACCUCAAGCAUACAACCCUCUUCCAACAAAUGGCCACUCUGCUGGCUCUGAAACCCUUCCUGAACCCUUAGGGAUCAGAGUCAGAAAUGGUUAAGGGGAGAGAAUGUGCCAUUUUAUGUCACUUUAUAAGCUGGCGAGACGGGCCACUUAGCGACACUCCUUCCUGCUACACCAGCACAGGGAGCGUGUUGGCCCUCCAGUCGCUCCUAGGCAGCCUGUUACUUCUGGACUUUACCAGGUAGCAUUUUUAUGCAGCCUCACUCCUUGAGCCUACUACCCUGAGGUCUUCGUGCAAGUUGGGAGUUUUAGCUUUUGAGGGUAGGCCUUGUUUGCCCGCUGCCCCUGCCUGGGAAGUCACCAGUAACCAGGACGAAUGUGGGAGGGGAGAUAGCGUCCUCUGAAGCUCACACACACACACACACACACACACACACCUUUCUUUUCAUACCCAACGUGACCAGAAGAGGCCAUCUAGUUCUGCAGCAGUUGGGUCUCAGCUACAAGCUCUGGGCAGCCCUUUGGACCCUGGGUGGAGCCAGCUGUGGGGGUGGCCCUGGCUGCGGGGCAAGACAGGAUGUGGGUUGGGACUCUUGUAGCCUGGAUGUUGUAUUGAAUGGCCUCCAGAGUAGGCAGAUGUAGCAUCCUCGAGAUCUAGGAGAAGGACUGUUGUAAGCUCUCCAGUGUAUGUGGAGCUGCCUCAGGCAGCUGUUGUGAGGAGGAUGCGGUUGCUGGUGCCUGUCCACCAGUGGGAACGCGGUGGGGAGCGCAGGUCAGGUGAGAGCAAGGUUACAACAGUCAUGAACAUCAUUCCUGCCUAUUCCCCCGACCACGUGUUACCUUAACCACAUCGUUUACCUCGCCAGUGCCUUGUUUUCCCUCUAAUGUGAGGCACAAAAUUGGCUGGAAGGGUCAAUGCACUGGAAGUUUGAGGUUCUUGAGUCAGGACCUGAGGGGAGGUGCUCCCCAGGGCCUCUUCAGGCUGGAUCCCUACUGCCCAAAGGCAUUUCAGAUCUAUCUAGUGAGCCCACAGAGUUGUGCGUUUACUUUUAAUUAUUUAAAAUUAUUUUAAUUAUUUUAAAUGCUGGGUUGUCUUUAUUUCCUCUCCUGAACUUACUAGAAACAGGUUGCUGCAGACAGGCAGUGUUCCUGGAACAUUCCGACUUGUCCCCUGACACCAGCUACCACCCACCCAUACCUAAGGGCUGGCCAUCAGACCUGCUCUCCCAGCAGUGGCUCCAGGGGACAUGCCACCAGCCCCUGGUCCUCCACGGGGUUACUGCCUAGGAUAAGGAAUUCAUUCCAAGUCUGUAACAUUGGGUGUUAGAGUGCUGAGCAAGGGCCAGAAGAACAAGGGGUUCACUCACACACCACCCAGAAAAAUGAGAAUUUCUUGAUAGAGCAAGAACACCUAAAUACUCAAGGCUUUGGCUAUCUAGCCUUCAGGUUGCCUCCCCAAUAGUUUGAAUAUCAAGUGUUUCUCCUUAGAAGAGAAGAAAAAAUAAGAUAAACCUGAUAUCCAGCUCCUUUUCCCCAGCUUUACUUUAUUUAGCUUUUUUUUUUUUUUAAUGCUUUUAAAAAUUAAAUACCUUUUUAUAGAAAGACUAGCUUGGCACCAGCUUUAUCUUGGGACUGAAUAACAUUUCUAGUCUCAAUAAUUUUUUAAGCUUUCAUCAAAUUGUUCUUAGCAUUGCCUGUGAGAACCUGGAGUGGGGGAGGGGUGAGGGCUGGGUAUGGAGGGGUAUCUGCCUGGAGGAGUGUCUGCCCGAGGCCCCCCACUUCCUGGACUUUCUUGUCUGGUUGUAAACCAGGCUGGACAAUCACUGGCCUGAAUCAGCGCUCAAUGCCUUACUGGGAGCAAACCAGCACUCUUCAGCUCAAGGUGAGGGGAGACAGGGGCAGCUCCCGUCUUCUCCCUCCCGCCUCAUUUUCUGCAGCCAGAUCCCAGUGCCGUGGAAGCCCUUGGCUCAUUGACAACCGCCUUGGCAAGCAGGGGAGGGGCCGGGAGCCAACAGGACCUUAACUCUUGAGGGAUGGCAACCACAGGCAUCUCUUUUGAACCACCUCAAAAGGACCUUGGAGCAGAGCCCCGAGGACUGGUGGAAGCUCUACAGAAAGAGAUUUGGAAGAAGCAUUGAGAAGAGACAAGUUUCCUGACACUAGGCCUCUGGGGAGAGUGGGUAGAGGGAGAAUGCAACACCAUGGUGACUUAGUUGAACCAUAAAGUGCGUACAUGCCUGUAUAUGUGAAAUCCCGUUCAGGGGAGAGAUUGGCUCCCCAGAGCGUAAAAACCCUGCUGCCGUCCAGUCUGACUUUGAGAGUUGUUAAGUGGAAGGAAAGAGGGCUUUCACCGUAGAAACAAAUAGUAACUUCUCCUCAGUUCGGUGUGGCGGGGUGCACGUUUACCCCCAACUGUUUGUACUAAAGUGGCCAACAACCAAAAUAAAGUCAGUCUUUUUUUUUUUUUUUAA